UCAAAUGAAGAUGAAGAUUUCAAUAUUUCUUGCAUUGUUCCUAGUGAUCAUGAUUUCAUGUGUUCAAGUCAUAUCAAAUGAAAAUGAAGAGAGAAGCCUAAUCCAUACCAAUGAACAAGCUCAUGAGAUUAUUGGGAACUCAAAUGGAAAUGGAACCAUUGAAGCCUCAACAAGGUUGAACAACAAAGAUGUGCUUGUGCAAACUCAAAAUGAACACAAACAUGAUUUGUUUGUUACUAUAAGAAAGGGAGGUAAGGGAGGAGGAGGAGGAGGAAUAGGAGGAAGAGGCAUGGGGAGGGGUGGUGGAGCAGCAGCUGGAAUUAUCGGUGGUGGAGUGAUCGGUGGUGAAACUGUCCAUCAUGGGCACAAUCACGUGCACAAUCACGGACACAAUCAAGGACACAAUUACUUUCAUGUUUGUGUCUCAACAUUUAUUUUAUGUUUGAGCUUUUGGUUUUAGUCACCUUAUUUCACCUCCACUAAUCAAGUAAUAUCAUGUUUAGUUGCUUAUGAUUAAGCCUAUAUUAAUCAUCUCUUAGUCCCAAUAAUUAAGUAGUAUCAUGUUUAAUUAGUUGCUUUUGAUUAAUCUUAUAUUAAUCAUCUCUUAGUCUUUCGUACUAGUAUAUUUUGGCCAC